AUGCCUUUUUACCAGCGGUGCUAUUUUGCUUGUGGCCACUGGUCGGCAGGAAAUGCUGCAGCGCUGCUUGUUCUCCAGUGCCCUGUGUACACAUUGCAGCACAAAACUUGGAAUCGUUCUCCCUCAAAACCUCUCCUGGGUUGCCUGAGGUCUUACCCAGAAGAAAUUGGGCCAAAACAUUGGCCAAGCUCCCGGUUCACUCAUGUGAUGAAACUCCGACAGGCUGCCCUGCGCGCUGCGCGAGAGAAGUGGUCAGACUACAUCCUGUUCAUUGAUGCAGAUAAUUUACUGACCAACCCACAAACCCUGAACCUGAUGAUAGCAGAAAACAAGACCUUGGUGGCACCAAUGCUUGAGUCUCGCUCUCUUUACUCUAACUUCUGGUGUGGCAUCACCCCCCAGGGCUAUUACAAAAGGACCUUGGAUUAUCCCCUGAUUCGGGAAUGGAAAAGGACAGGCUGUUUCGCUGUCCCGAUGAUUCAUUCCACGUUCCUCAUUGACCUGAGGAAAGAGGCCUCCACCAAGCUGAUGUUCUACCCCCCCCACCAGGACUACACCUGGAGCUUUGACGAUAUCAUGGUCUUUGCCUUCUCCAGUCGCCAAGCAGGAACCCAGAUGUUCAUCUGCAACCGUGAACACUACGGUUUCCUUCCCAUGCCCCUGAAAUCGCACCAGACGCUGCAGGAAGAAACAGAGAACUUUGUGCACACACUAAUCGAGGCUAUGAUCGAUCGUCCUCCCGUUGAACCCUCUCAGUAUGUUUCUGUCCCUCCGAAGAACCCUGACAAGAUGGGAUUUGAUGAAAUUUUCAUGAUCAAUCUGAAGCGUCGGAAAGACAGGCGGGAUCGGAUGCUGCGGACUCUCUAUGAGCAGGAGAUUGCAGUCAAGACAGUGGAGGCUGUGGAUGGAAAGUGA